AUGCCAGCACAAAAGACAUUCACUUUGGCAUCGCGUGGAAAGGGAUGCCACCUAGUGCAGUCAGAAGUAGAGCGUGAGAUCGGCGAUAUGCUGCGGGGUGUGCAGGUGGGCAUUCUUACGCUUUUCAUCCAGCACACAAGCGCAGCGCUCUCACUGAAUGAGAACUUCGAUCGCGACGUGCGCACGGAUAUGGACAUGGCUCUUGACCAUGCUGUGCCGGAGUCAUUGCCAUGGCGCCACACAGACGAAGGCCCCGAUGACUCCGCUUCACACACGAAGGCGUCGUUGAUCGGGCCGAGUCUUACGAUCCCUAUCACUCAAGGUCAUAUGAAUCUUGGCACUUGGCAAGGCAUUUACCUGUGCGAAUUCCGCCGUGCCAAGCAUGCGCGUCGCCUUGUUGCCACAGUGUUGCCAUAA